AUGAGACGUUUAUUAGCAACAGUGAAAUUGUUGCCGUAUAUGAAGGUGUUGGAAACCAGCCAGACUUUCCUCGAAUUUAGGAGGACAAAACACAGGACCGUGGCAGAUUGGAAGAAAAUGAUCAGGCAACUGUUAUUGUCUUUCUUGUUGAUCCAAACCACUCUAGUGGCUGCCAGAGGCAGGGGAAGACGCCACCCUGCUGUUGUUCCCCCUCCUGCAAAAAAGUGGCUAACUCUAAAUGGAGGUGAGCCUGUGGUAGUAGCCAGGGGUGGAUUCUCUGGAAUUGCACCAGAGUCCAGUUUACCCGCUUAUUCUACGGCACAGCAGACGAGCUUGGCUAGCACGAUCUUACUCUGUGAUCUCCAACUUACAAAGGAUGCACAGGGCUUUUGCCAGUCUAGUCUGAACCUUCAAAAUGCAACAACUAUUGCUACAGCUUUUCCAGACUUGAAACCAAGAACCUACAACAUAAACGGAAAGAAUGUGGAAGGAUUCUAUGGGGUGGAUUUUUUGGCAGAUGAUCUACUCAAAAACGUUUUCUGUAAGUUGUCAGACGGUUAUACAGAGCUUCAGUUUCCUUUCUCAGUUUGUAGAGUACUAUCAUCUGGUUACAAUUUGGUGCAAAGCAUUUACUCAAGAUCCCCUGGUAUGGAUGGUUCAUACCCUCUGUUGACACCCUAUGAUGUUGUGGGCAUGCAAGGUCCUCCUCCAGUACUAUGGAUGAACGUCGAGUGUUGUUGCAAUUUUGUGCUGCAGUAUCCUAGUUUCUACGACGGACUGAAACUCAGCUCAUCAGCAUUUAUUAUAGAUACCAUGAGAGACUUGAAUCCUGCAUACAUUUCAUCACCAGAGAUUGGAUUCUUGAAGGGCUUAGUAGGAAAGGUGAACCCGGCAAAGCUCAUUUUUAAGAUUCCGGACAUAAACGAAGUUGAACCUACAACGAAGAAGACAUAUGUUACACUGCUGUCAGACAUAAAUAUGAUCAAGACAUUUGCAUCCGGGAUUAUUCUUCCAAAAGAAAGCAUAUGGCCCGUAGAUAGUGGAAGGCUAUUGCUGCCUGCUACGAGUUCUGUAUCUGAUUUCCACAAAGCAGGUGUUGAAGUGUAUGCUUCUGGCUUUGCAAAUGAUGACUACUUAAGUUAUAAUUAUAGCUAUGAUCCAACCAAGGAGUAUCUGCAGUUUAUAGACAAUUCUCAGUUUUCGGUUGACGGGGUAAUUACGGAUUUCCCUGCCACCGCAUCAGAGUCCAUUGCAUGCCUAGCCCAGAACAAGAAUGCUCCCAAAAUUGUAAAAGCACUGAUAAUAUCUGACGACGGAGCAAGUGGAGAUUACCCUGGGUCGACUGAUCUUGCAUACCAGAAAGCCAUAGAUGAUGGAACCGAGAUAAUCGAUUGUUCUGUUCAACUGUCCAAGGAUGGAACCGCCUUCUGCUUGCCUUCUGCUGAUCUUAUAGGGACAACCACUGCAGCAUCUCUUUUCAUGGACCGAUCUACCAGGAUACCUGAAAUUCAAGAUAAGAAUGGAAUAUUCUCCUUUGAUCUCACUUGGACUGAAAUUCAAUCACUCAAACCUCAACUUGCAAGCGUUUUUGAUGGCCCUCUUGCUCGAAACCCUGCAAACAAGAAUGCAGGAAAGUUCGUUACUCUUAAUGAAUUCUUGGAUCUUGCUAAGAAAAGGGCAGUUACAGGAGUUCUAAUUAACAUUGAAAAUGCUGCCUAUCUAGCAUCAAACAAGGGUCUUGACAUUGUUGGUGCUGUCACCACUGCCUUGAGCAACGCCACAUUGGAUAAGCAAUCUACUCAGAAAGUUUUGAUUCAGUCAGAUGACAGUUCAGUGCUUUCGAAGUUCCAGGACAUCAAGACUUACCAAAGAGUCUUGGCCAUCGACAAAGAUAUAAGUGGUUCAACCCAAGAAACAGCACAAGAAGUCAAAAAAUAUGCUGAUGCUGUUAAAGUGUUCAGAAAUUCUAUUGUUCUGGACUAUCCAAACCCCGUCUUCAUGUCCUUGAAUUACAGCAACCUUGUUGAAGUCAUGCAUGCUGCCAACAUCUCGGUGUAUGUGGGAAUUCUGAGAAAUGAGUUCCAAAACUUUUUAUUUGAUUACUACGCUGAUCCUUAUGUCGAACUCGCCACUCUUACUCAGAAAGGAGUGGAUGGAAUCGUAACUGACUACCCUAGCUUACAAACGGUAACUUGCUGUCCUUUGCUGCUGCAGGGUCCCCAUGUUCCAAUCCAAAUGCCAAUCUUCCAUAUACAAUACUACCCAUCAAUCCAGGUGACAUGUUUAACAAUCUGGUUACAGCAAAACCUCCAGAGGCUGCACCCGCUGUACCUCUCCUUCAAAAUGCAGAUGUCGAUGAUCCUGCACUGCCUCCUGUAGCCAAGAUUUCAGCUCCCCCACCCGCAUCCCCUUCUGAAUCUGGCUCUAACUCUCUUCCUGCUCCAGCACCCAAAAAAUCAAGAAGCACGAAAACUGCUAGCAACACAGGUCUCAUGGUUGCAGCAAUGGUUGCAGUACUUACCAUUCUCAGCUAUAAUAGCAAAGUUUAUUAAUAGGCAUAUCCACAUUUACAAACACCAGUGUUCACCCUGUCACCGGGAAAUAUUGCAGGUUUUUUUUUAGGUGGAUGUAUUAGUCCCGUUUGCUAAACGUUUUAGUAGGAAUUUUUUGUGCUAAUGAUCAUUGAUUCCACUGACAAGAAUAAGUUGCAGAUUCUGGCUUAUUUGUUACUAUAUUGGAGCUCAACUGUAGAGGCUAAUACUGAAGAUUCAAGUAAUUUGUUACUGGUAAUUAAUUUAACCAGAAAUUUUUCUUACCCAAAAAAGAAAAAAUGAAAUUUUAGAGCGUUCAAGCUGAUAACCUGGAAAUCAAAGGCAACUUAGAUAUCUUGAUUAAAAGCAUAUUCUAAUUCAUGGAGUAAUUUUUAUCCUCAGACUCCGCUACAAUCUUCUUCUGACGCUCAAGUUAGCCAGCAAUUAAUUACAAAAUAUCAGUCUAAAGAAUGAAGAUUUUCAGAACUGACAAGUAACUACAGAAAAUCAAUACCUUCCAGCAGUAUUAAAUUUCUUUUCACAUCAAAUUUUUGGCAAUCCACGAUGCCAACGAUUUCCAUCUGGCAAAACUUUAAUCCUUAAGAAUACACAAAUUGCAAUCAAAAGCCACAAAGUAUUGUAAACUAAAUCGUAAAAGAACAUAUAUUCCAUCAACAGAUUUUCUAACCAAAAGACAGAAAAUGGGGAUAAAAUGAAAAAAGCAAUUUUGCUUGCUUCUGUUUCAAAAGGAAGGUUCCCAGCUACAGAUCCAGAAUAUAGCUGAAAAUUGAACGAAAAGAAUAAGAAAAAUUCUAUGAGGUUGUGGGUUCAUUAUUAAAGCUUGAAGAGUGAAAAAAGGAGGCUCAGAUUGGAGUCUGACAUCAAGACAGGCUAAAACCGCUAUGGCUGCAAACAACAGUUGCCGCAUGAGAGAAAUCAGACAAAGAACCCAAAAG